AUGAAAAUUCUAAAGGGUUAUGUGAAGAACCCUCAUCGACCGGAGGCGUCUAUUGUUGAAAGAUAUAUUGCAGAAGAAGCGGUUGAAUUUUGUACUGAGUAUCUAUCACGGGCUAAAUCUGUUGGUCUUCCAAAGUCUCGUCAUGUGGGUAGAUCUCCUGGAAAAGGGACACUUGGGGGACGAAUGAAGAGUGUUGAUCAUGAAGAGUUGUUACAGGCACAUCUGUACAUUCUAACCAAUACUCCUGAAGUUCAACCUUAUUUGGAUAUGCAUAGGAGACUCAUAAAGGAGAAAAAUCCUCGAAAAGCAGAACGAUGGUUAGUGAACGAGCAUAACAAGACCUUCAUAUCGUGGUUUAAGAAUGAAGUUGCUAAUUGCCCUUCCACUUCAAAUACAGUCUCCUGGUUAGCCGCAGGGCCUAAUUUUGAUAUCAUAUCUUGGCGUGGUUACGACAUAAAUGGGUAUUUGUUCUACACGAAAGAACGAGAUGAAAAGAGCACUAUGCAAAAUAGUGGGGUUUCAGUUGAAGCAGAAUCAAUGCAUUUCUCAAGUGCAAAAGACAAAAACCCGUUAUGUGCCUCUAGCUCUUAUUUUGGGAUUAUUGAAGAGAUAUGGGAGCUUAACUACGUUAAGUUUACUGUGCCUGUUUUCAAAUGUAAAUGGGUGGAUAGUAAUAAUGGUGUGAAAGUUGAUGAGUUAGGAUUUACUUUUGUCGACUUUCGUAAAGUUGGAUACAAGAAUGAACCAUUUAUCAUGGCAAGUCAAGCAAAGCAAGUGUUUUAUAUCAUUGACCCGAGCAACGAAAAUUGUUCAGUUGUCCUCCAUGGGAAACGACAAGUAUCAGAUGAUGAUAAGAAUGACUUGACUAUUGAUGUUUCUGAAUUUCCUUCCACCACAUCAAGGAUUGUUGUUGAAAAUGAAGAAGUUGAACUUGAUGAUGUAU